GCCCGCCGCCCGCGGUCCUCCGUCGGUUCUCUCCUUAGCCCGCCGUCUCCCACGGAGCUGCUCGCCCUUGUCUCGGAGCUCGCGGACUCGCGGACAGGCGUCCUCAGCGCGAAGAGGCCGGAUUCGGAGUCGUCGUCUUGAGCCUUGCAUCUAAGAAGUCCCAGGUACUUUGUACAACUGCAUCCCAGAAGCUGAGUUUCUUCAGCACCUUCAUAAGAUUUAUUCAUUUAUUAUAUAUAAGUCCACUGCAGCUGUCUUCAGACACCAGAAGAAGGUUUCGGAUCCCAUUACAAAUGGUUGUGAGCCACCAUGUGGUUGCUGGGAAUUGAACUCAUGACCUCUGGAGGAGCAGUCGGGUGCUCUUAACCGCUGAGCCAUCUCUCCAGCCCCAUCUUUAUCCCAUCUUAACUGCUGAGCCACCUCUCCAUCCCUGCUCCCACCUAAAAUUUAUUUAAUUAAUUUAUCUUAUAUGUAAGUAUUUGGCUUUCGUGUAUGUAUGUGCACCACCUGUGUGUCUGGUGUCCUCAUCAGAUCCCUGGAAUUGGAGUUGCAGAUGGUUGUGAGCCAUCAUGUGGGUGCUGAGAACUGAACCCUUCCUCUGCAAGAACAAGUGCUCUUAACCACUGAGCCAUCUCUGGCUCCCUCAGAGUGAUGGCUGCCAUCAGGAAGAAACUGGUGAUUGUUGGUGAUGGAGCUUGUGGUAAGACAUGCUUGCUCAUAGUCUUCAGCAAGGACCAGUUCCCAGAGGUUUAUGUGCCCACGGUGUUUGAAAACUAUGUGGCAGAUAUUGAAGUGGACGGGAAGCAGGUAGAGUUGGCUUUAUGGGACACAGCUGGACAGGAAGAUUAUGACCGUCUGAGGCCUCUCUCCUACCCAGACACUGAUGUUAUACUGAUGUGUUUUUCCAUCGACAGCCCUGAUAGUUUAGAAAACAUCCCAGAAAAAUGGACUCCAGAAGUCAAGCAUUUCUGUCCAAAUGUGCCCAUCAUCCUAGUUGGGAACAAGAAGGAUCUUCGGAAUGAUGAGCACACAAGGCGGGAGUUAGCCAAAAUGAAGCAGGAGCCGGUAAAACCUGAAGAAGGCAGAGAUAUGGCAAACAGGAUUGGCGCUUUUGGGUACAUGGAGUGUUCAGCAAAGACCAAAGACGGAGUGAGAGAGGUUUUUGAGAUGGCCACGAGAGCUGCUCUGCAAGCUAGACGCGGGAAGAAAAAGUCGGGGUGCCUCAUCUUGUGAAGCCUUGUGACGCGCAGCCUCAUGCGGUUAAUUUGAAGUGCUGUUUAUUAAUCUUAGUGUAUGAUUACUGGCCUUUUCAUUUAUCUAUAAUUUACCUAAGAUUACAAAUCAGAAGUCAUCUUGCUACCAGUAUUUAGAAGCCAACCAUGAUUAUUAAUGAUGUCCAGCCUGUCUGACCAGCCAGGGUCCUUCUGACACUGCUCUAACGCCCUCUCUGCACUCCACCUGACACCAGGCGCUCAUUCAAAGAAUUUCUUAACUUCCUGCUUCUUUCUAGAAAGAGAAACAGUUGGUAACUUUUGUGAAUUAGGCUGUAACUACUUUAUAACUAACAUGUCCUGCCUAUUUUCUGUCAGCUGCGAGGAACUCUGGUGAGUCACUACUUCAGAGCUUUACUCCUUAACAGAUUCCAUUGGCAGAGCUCUGGGGUGGGCACCCAGUGUUUGGAAACUUGAUCAGCCAGAAAGGCCCAAGUCCACGCAGCUGUGGCAGAGUUACAGUUCUGUGGUCUCAUGUUAGUUACCUUAUAGUUACUGUGUAAUUAGUGCCACUUAAUGUAUGUUACCAAAAAUAAAUAUAUCUACCCCAGACUAGAUGUAGUAUUUUUUGUAUAAUUGGAUUUCCUAAUUCUGAUAUUUGUCAUUCCCACAGAAAGUGUAUUGCUUUUUUUUUUUUUUAAGAAAGUAUUUGGAAAUAAAGUCAGAUGGAAAAUUCAUUUUUAAAAUUCCCAUUUUGUCACUUUCUCUGAUAAAAUAUGGCCAUAUCUCCCCUAUUUAGCCCUAUAUAUCAUUCCAGUGCCCCUUUCCAGACUGGACUGAGGAAAUAGGAAUUGGUUUCAUGCCUGAGGCUGUUAGACUUUGGAGGUGGCAUAGCCUUUCUCACCUGGACUGCAGGGCCUGGCUCUAAGUCACAGUGCUCCUUUCUCCACACUGUUAUCCAAGUCGCCUCCCAGAGGAGCCACCAGUUCUUAUGGGUGGCAAUGGGUGGGUGGGUGGGGGGUCUCCUCUCUCCAGCUGACUAAACUUUUUUCUGUACCAGUUAAUUUUUCCAACUAAUAGAAUAAAGGCAGUUUUCUAAA